GGGAUUCAGAAGAGUUUUGCCUCCCGGAGGGGCUGGACCGGGGUGCGCGGAGCGGAGCCCCUCAGCCGCAAGCAGCCGAGCCACUUGGGCAGGAUGAGCGGCAAAGAAGACCCCAGCAAGUGCUGUCAGACGGCUGCUCCCAUCUCCAGUUUCACCAUCCAGUCCAUCCUGGGCAGCGGUAGCGCUGGGCCACCCCGGGAGGGCGGCGGGGGGGCGACCGCCUGGUCCGCCCGCGGCCGGACCCUUUCCCUCUCCUCGGAGGACGAGGAGCCGGAGGAGAGCUGGAAACACCGCGGCUGCUUCUGCCCCGAAGCUCAGGGCCCAGCCGAGCCGUGCCACAAGCACCAGCCCCUCAGCUUCACCUGCCUCGGCAGCACCAAAGGGAGCGGAGCAGCGGCGGCGGGCAGCGGGGAGCGGGGGCCCUUCCUCUCGCCCCCCCAGCAGGACUGUAAGGAGGAGAAGGAGAAGUCGCUGGGCCCCGCCUCACCUUCCUGCGGGGACCGGCAGCGCGACGGCGGGGACCGGCAGGCCGGUGCUGCCAAGAAGAAGACGCGCACGGUGUUCAGCCGCAGCCAGGUCUAUCAGCUGGAGUCCACCUUCGACAUGAAGCGCUACCUGAGCAGCUCGGAGCGGGCCUGCCUGGCCUCCAGCCUGCAGCUCACUGAGACCCAGGUGAAGACCUGGUUCCAGAACCGUAGGAACAAGUGGAAACGGCAGCUUUCGGCCGAGCUGGAGGCGGCCAACAUGGCCCAUGCCUCGGCGCAGACUCUGGUGGGGAUGCCGCUGGUGUUCAGGGACAAUUCCCUCCUCCGAGUGCCGGUGCCCCGGUCCAUCGCCUUCCCUGCGCCCCUUUACUACCCCGGCAGCAACCUCUCGGCCUUACCGCUCUACAACCUCUACAACAAGAUCGACUACUGACCACUGACCCACCGCGCUCUCUUCCCCGCGGCCGCCCCUUCGGGGUCGGGACGGGGGCCGAGACCGGGACCGGGGCUGAGACCGGGGCUGCCGCGGAGGCUCCGUGCGGGGUCUCGGUUUACCUCCGCGGCAGGGACAGAGGAACGAAACUGAUGGGAGGGACUGGGCAAACGGAGAGCCCGGGUGACCGGGGGCACCCCCGUGCCCUUCCCGCGAUCCUGCCACUUGAAACCGAACAAAAUUAAUUAAAAAAGCGUUAUUUCAGAUCUGUAAAUAUUUUUAAAGAAAGAAACAAAAAAGAAAAAAAAUAAA